CAGUCAGGAAACUGGUCACUCGAAAAAAAUCCGCAAACAGGCUGACGCUUUCACACUUAAUUCUCGCUUAAACCUCCUGUUUUCCCAUCGUUUCUGCCGUAGGCUAUAAAAAUCAAACGACUCUGAAGUUCUUGCACUUUGCUUUGAAGUGUUUGUGUCCACAGCCAGACACAUCCUUGCAAAAACAGCGAAGUUUUUCUUUUAAUUGGCUUGUUUUCCUGUGAGAUAUCACACAAAUGGCCUAUCCUGGAUAUGGAGCACCACCCGGAGGAGUCCCGGGAAUGCAGCAGGAUCCUCUUUAUGGAUAUUUCUCGGCAGUGGCCGGACACGAUGGACAGAUCACAGCGGACGAGCUGCAGGCCUGCCUCACUCAAUCCGGCAUCUCCGGCACAUACAAGCCUUUCAGCCUGGAGACCUGCAUCCUUAUGAUCAACAUGCUGGACAGAGACAUGUCCGGCACCAUGGGCUUCAACGAGUUUAAGGAACUGUGGCAGGCUCUGAACGCCUGGAAGGGAACCUUUGUGUCCUUUGAUCGAGACCACAGUGGAACAAUAGAGGGCCAGGAGCUGCAGCAGGCCAUCAGGACCUUAGGGUACAAUCUGAGCCCUCAGGCCAUGAACUGCAUCAUGAAGCGCUACAGCAAUCACGGCAGAAUCCCCUUCGAUGAUUUUGUCAGCUGCAGCGUGAGACUGCGGGCUCUUACCGACCAUUUCCGAAGAAGGGACACAAACCAGAGCGGAAACGCCUUAUUUCAGUACGAUGAUUUCAUCCAGGUCACUAUGAGCGUAUGAAGAGAGGACGACUAAACAAUGGGGAUACAACACUUAUAAUGUUUUCUAAUUUACUGUAUUCUCUUUUAACAUUUAUAAUUGCAUUACAAACUGGAUCUUAAUGACACAUUCCAUUGUUUUUGAUAAUAUUGCUAUAAUGUAACUGAGAAUGUAUUCACGAAAAAACAUGAAUCCUCACAGUUUUAAAGUCUUUAACCAUUAAUGUAACAGUGUUGAUUGUAAUAUUGACUUGCAUGUAAUGAACAACACUCCAAUAAACUCAGAGAGGAUUGAUUUUCUCCCAUU